AAACGAAUGGUCCUUCGAUCAAAUUUCAUUUCGCCACUGAUACCAUCCUCUUCUCUAGGGUUUUCCCUCUCUUUUGACAUACCAUCUUCAUUCAGGUUUUACAGCUCAGUCGAGCGAUUCUCCCAAAUUUAGGGUUUCUUACAGGGAAAGAGAACCACGAGAAUUGGAAUAGGAUGUACAAGGAGUUUUAAUUGCUCGAACUAAAAUAUUAUUCAAUACUGGUUGCAGUUUGUGAUAGUGUUACAAGUUAUAAGGAGAUGGAACAAGUUGAUGAUGAUUCACAUGGUGUUGGUGAAAGCCAGGGCAAGCAAGAUGAUGAGGUAUCUCGUCGUGAAGAAUUAAAGAAGUCCUUAGAAGCAAAACUAGCUCUUCGUCAGAGUAAUUUAAAUCCCGAAAGGCCUGACUCUAGUGCUCUGCGAACAUUGGACUCCAGCAUUAAGCGUAAUACAGCAGUCAUUAAAAAGCUUAAGCAGAUUAAUGAAGAGCAGCGUGAAAGUUUGAUGGAUGAAUUAAGAAGUGUCAACUUAAGUAAGUUUGUUAGUGAAGCAGUGGCUGCAAUUUGUGAUGCCAAGUUAAAAAGUUCAGACAUACAGGCUGCAGUUCAGGUCUGUUCGCUGCUUCAUCAAAGAUACAAAGAUUUUUCUCCAACAUUGGUCCAAGGCCUCAUGAAAACCUUCUUUCCUGGGAAAUCCGUAGAGGAUGUAGAUGCAGACCGGAACUUGAAGGCCAUGAAGAAGCGCAGCGCUUUAAAACUUCUGCUGGAACUGUUCUUUGAUGGUGUUAUAGAAGAUACUGGCAUUUUUAUUACCAUCAUUAAGGAUCUUGCCAGCUUAGAGCACCUCAAAGAUAGAGAUGCAGCUCAUACAAAUUUGUCUCUUCUUGCUAGUUUUGCUCGACAAGCAAGGUACUUCAUAGGUCUUCCGCAUCCUGGUGAAGAACUUGUUGAAGAGUUUUUUAAGGGGCUUAAUAUCACUGCUGACCAGAAGAAGGUCUUCAAAAAGGCAUUUCAUACGUAUCAUGAUGCCGCAGUUGAAUUACUUCGAUCUGAACACUCUUCCCUCCGUCAAUUGGAGCACGAGAAUGCAAAGAUUUUAAAUGCCAAAGGUGAGCUCAGUGAGGAAAAUGCUUCUUCAUAUGAAAAACUACGGAAGUCUUAUGACCAGCUGUAUCGAGGCAUCUCUGCUUUAGCAGAAGCCCUCGAUAUGCAACCACCUGUGAUGCCAGAGGAUGGUCACACAAGGCUCACGACAGGUGAUGAUAUAUCAUCUCCUGGUACUGGAAAAGAGGCUUCUGUUGCUGAAGCACUGUGGGAUGAUGAAGAUACUAAAAGCUUUUAUGAGGGUUUACCUGAUUUGAGGGCAUUUGUCCCUGCUGUAUUAUUGGGAGAAGCGGAGCAGAAAGUGAGUGAUCAAUCAUCAAAAGCACAAGAUCAACAAACAGAUUCAGCACCUGAGCCCGACCAAGGUCACGUGGCUUCUCAUGACACUGGAGAGACUUCUGUGGAUGCUGGGGUUUUACCGGAGCGCAAAAAUGAGAAAAGGAAGGAUGAGGAUGAACAAGAUAAAGGAAGUAUGAAGGAGUCAGACAAAGAUAAAGGGAAAGAGAAAGAGAAAGAUGGCGAAACAAAAGGUGAAAUUGAGAAGGAGAAGCUUCGAGGUCCUGAAGGAACCAACUUGGAUGGUUUAUUGCAGAGGCUUCCUGGCUGUGUGAGCCGCGACUUAAUUGAUCAGUUGACUGUGGAGUUUUGUUAUCUAAAUUCAAAAUCUUCCCGCAAAAAGCUUGUUCGGGCUCUUUUUAAUGUCCCUAGGACAUCUCUGGAACUGCUACCGUACUAUUCACGCAUGGUUGCCACACUAUCAACUUGUAUGAAGGAUGUGCCUUCUAUGCUGUUGCAGUUGUUAGAGGAAGAGUUCAACUUCCUGAUCAAUAAGAAGGAUCAAAUGAAUAUCGAGACUAAGAUCAGGAAUAUUCGAUUUAUUGGAGAGCUCUGCAAAUUCAAGAUUGCACCAGCUGGCCUUAUUUUCAGUUGUCUAAAGGCAUGUUUGGAUGACUUUACUCAUCAUAACAUAGAUGUUGCUUGCAAUCUUCUGGAGACAUGUGGCAGAUAUCUCUACCGGUACCCUGACACUAAUGUACGCAUGGCAAACAUGUUAGAGAUCCUGAUGCGCCUAAAAAAUGUCAAGAAUUUGGAUCCUCGGCACAGUACUCUUGUCGAGAAUGCUUAUUACUUGUGCAAACCACCUGAACGAUCUGCACGAGUCUCUAAAGUUCGUCCUCCCUUGCAUCAGUAUAUCAGAAAGCUACUUUUCUCAGACCUUGAUAAGUCUUCAAUUGAGCACGUGUUGAGACAACUUCGUAAGCUACCAUGGAGUGAAUGCGAACCCUAUCUGUUAAAGUGCUUUUUGAAGGUUCACAAAGGAAAGUAUGGUCAAAUUCACUUGAUUGCUUCACUGACUGCUGGAUUGAGUCGCUACCAUGAUGAGUUUGCCGUUGCUGUAGUUGACGAGGUUUUGGAGGAAAUCCGGCUAGGACUGGAGUUAAACGAAUAUGGAAUGCAGCAACGUCGAAUCGCUCAUAUGCGGUUCUUAGGCGAGCUGUACAAUUAUGAAUAUGUGGAUUCCUCGGUUGUUUUUGAUACAUUAUAUCUGAUUCUCGUUUUUGGUCAUGGGACAGAAGAGCAAGAUGUGCUUGAUCCACCAGAAGACUGCUUUCGCAUUAGGAUGAUCAUCACACUUCUUGAGACUUGUGGGCACUACUUUGGUCGAGGCUCAUCAAAGAGGAAACUGGAUCGGUUUUUGAUUCAUUUCCAACGAUACAUACUAAGCAAAGGUGCAUUGCCUCUAGAUAUUGAAUUUGACCUGCAGGACUUAUUUGCUGAUCUACGCCCCAACAUGACUCGUUACUCAACCAUUGAAGAAGUUGAUGCUGCUCUAGUUCAGCUUGAGGAGCAUGAACACACGGUUUUAACUGACAAAGCCAAUGGCGAGAAGCAUGUCGAGCAGGAAAAACCUACUACCAUAUCGGCAUCUGGAAGCUCCUCGGUGAAUCGUCAGGCUCUUGCAAAUGGUAUCGAAGAAAAUGGUGGGACCCAUGAAGAAGGUAAUGGUGAAUCCGACAGUGCAUCACAGGGUAGCACAAUGGAUCCAGACGGGAAUGAUGAUGAGGAAGAGCUUGAUGAUGACGCUUGUGACAGCGAUGAUGAUUAUGCUGAAAGGGAUGGUCCAGUUUCUGACGAGGAUGACGAAAUCCAUGUUAGGCAGAAAGUGAUGCUAGUGGACCCUGAGGAAGAAGCCGAAUUCGACCGAGAAUUUAGGGCUCUAAUGCAGGAAAGCUUAGAUUCACGGAAGCUGGAGUUGCGAGCGCGGCCAACACUAAACAUGAUGAUUCCAAUGAACAUCUUCGAGGGGUCAACAAGGGGGGAUCAUCACGGAAGGGUGAGCGAAGGAGAAAGUGGCGAUGAGGCAAUAGAUUAUGAAUCUGGAGGACGCAAAGAAGUCCAGGUCAAAGUUCUCGUAAAACGAGGGAGCAAACAGCAAACGAAACAGAUGCUGAUACCGAGCGACUGCUCUCUGGUGCAGAGCACGAAACAGAAGGAAGCAGCAGAAUUGGAAGAGAAACAAGACAUAAAACGGCUGGUGUUGGAAUACAACGAUCGAGAAGAGGAGGAGCUUAACGCAAUGGGAAAUCUUCCGGUUGGCUGGAGUCAAAGUGGUGGCGGCAGAGUCGUCUACCGAGGCCACUCAUGGGAAGGGCAUGGCGGCAGGUCUGGGUCCCGCCAUCGGUAUCCACAUCAUACUGGUGGCGGAUACUAUUAUAGCCGAAGAAAGUGAGUAUUAAUUUUUCAGCCAAUUUCAAUCAACAGGAUCCCCAAGUUAACUAAAUCGAGCUACCGAUGGGCUGGAAAAGCAUGCGUUUGGGGUUAUAGGCGAAAGUUGCAGUUUUAUGUGUAUAUUUUGUGGAUAUAUGACACACCUAUUAUGUAGGUAGUGAGCGAAUGAAGAAAGCAUAUGAUCGUAUCGUGGUUUGGUUUUAGUAGAUAAGGUCCACUGGGUCGAUUUCGUUUGGCUUUUUGUGUUUGUAUUAUCGUCGCCAACGAUCUUAGUGAAAUGUUCCUGAAUUAGACUUUGCUCGUAAGUUUUCGUAUUGUGGCCUGUGAGUGCCAAAGAUC